AUGUCUACCAAAAUCAGCAACGGAAACAGUGGUGGGGCCAAUCCCGCAUCCAACACAACUGCCAGCAACAAUAAUAACAACAACGAUUCACCGGACGUACAAGUGACCGUUAAGGAUCUUCCGAUCUCGUUUAAGGUCAAAUAUCUUGGAAGCCAACCCGCUACAGGACUAUGGGGAAUCAAACACACGAGGUUACCGGUGGAUCAUUUAGUCAGCGUUGCCAAAAACUUGCCUCCAAACCGAAUUCUUCCCUUCUGCAAUCUUACUGUAUCGCUCGACGGUGUGAAGAUUGAGUCUAUCACCUCAAAGCUAACGUCGGUGUCUAAUUUUACGAUCGAUACGAUUUCAUAUGGUGUGCAGGACCUGGUGUACACGCGAGUUUUUGCUAUGAUCGUCGUUAAGGAGAACUACAACCUGAAGGAAAAGAACCCAUUCGAUGUGCAUGCGUUCGUGUGCGAUAGCAGAGCGAUGGCGCGAAAGUUAACCUUCGCCCUGGCCGCCUCCUUCCAGGACUACUCGAAGCGAGUCAAGGAUGCGGAGGAUAAGAACGGUGGCAGUGGUGGCGACUCGGAGAAAUCACUGCGAAAGAAGUUUGCCAUUGAUCUACGAACGCCCGAAGAAAUGCAACAGGACAUCACAGAGCAGGAGACGGAAGCGUGA